AUGAAGGUUUUGAGGAGACUGAUUUCUUUUGAUGUUGAUGUUAUGUGCUUUAUGGAAUCUCGGAUCAAGAGAGAUAGCUCUGCCAAGUUUAUCUCCUCCUUGUCUAGUGAUUGGUAUUUGGCUGAGAAUUAUGAUUAUGUUGAAGGAGGCAGACUUUGGGUCAUUACUAUUUCUGGCACUGUCGAUGGUCAUAGAAUUAUUAUUACUGCCAUCUAUGGUAGAAAUAAUGGGGUUGUUAGGAGAGGUCUUUGGGACCAUCUGAAGUCUGUAGGGAAUGUUUUGGGUCCUUCCUCUUGGGUGAUUGGGGGUGACUUCAACAUUACUGCUAGCCUAGAGGAAAGUUCUGACUUUGAAAUUAUAGGAGUGCACUAUACUCCUAAUAUGAGGGAAUUUCAGGAAUGCUUGGAUGAUCUUGAACUCAUGGAUCAUCCUUUUUUAGGUCCUUUGUUUACUUGGUCUAACAGACAAGAAGACUCUUUUUUGGCCAGGAAGCUUGAUAGGAUACUGGUCAACCCUCAUUGGAUGCUAGAUUUCCCUGAGUCCUUUGUUGAAUUUAAGGCUCAAGGCGUGUCUGAUCACUGCCUGGGUCUGCUUUGGUCACAUAAAGGGGUCAUGGUUAAGAAGCCUAGGCCUUUCAAGUUUUUUAAUUGUUGGACUGGCCAUGAGCAGUUUCUGAGCACUGUUGUGAAUUCCUGGCUGGGCUAUUGUGAUGGAAACCCUAUGCAGUGUUUGUUCAGGAAAUUGAAGAGGCUUAAGUCCUGUCUUAAGGAUUUUAACAAUGAAUUCUUCUCUGACAUAUCUGGUAGAGUUAAGUCCAAGAGAUCCGAUCUUGAGCAAUUACAACUUUUCAACCUGUCCCAUGUUGGUCAGAGGAGGAUGAAUGAUGAAAGAAUUCUCAAAGCUGAGUUGGUUGACCUGGAAAUUGCUGAGUCAGAGUUCUACAGGAAGAGAGCUAAAAUGCACUGGUUAAAGGAGGGUGAUUUAAAUACCAGGUUUUUUUCAUCAGAAGGUUGA